ACAAACUCUAUACAAUACCUCCUAAGUUCUAAGUAUCUGUUUCCUAAGAAGAAAAAAUGGCAGCCAUUGAAAAGAAAACACAUCUUCGCAGCAACAGCUUGCCCUCUGCAGCUCACCCUCUUGUUUCACAAUUUGAGGAGCAUUUGCAAAGAUUGAAGGGUUCUGAAGCCACUUCUUUGCUGUCAUCAUCUUCAGUGUGCCACAAACUUAAUGACAUGCUGGAUUUGCAUGACUGCACUGAUAAGUUGCUUCAAUUGCCAAUAGAACAACAAGCCUUAGCACAAGAGUGCAAUGGCAAAUGUGUUGAUGAACUACUAGAAGGGUCUCUUAGGCUCUUAGAUAUCUGCAGUGUAGCUAAAGAUUGCCUUCUGCAAUCAAAGGAAAGCAUGUGUGACUUAAAGUCAGUCAUCCGAAGAAGGAAAGGCAACGAAACUGGAUUCAUGGUUGAGGGUGUAAAAUACUUGGCUUUGAGGAAAAAGAUGAAGAAGCAAAUUCAAAAGGCCUUGCAAAAUAUGAAAAGUGUACUCAUAGCUUCUUCAGAAAAUGACAACACUUCAAUUCUCAGCUUCUUAAAAGAAGCAGAAGUAGUCACCUUGAGCUCAUUAGAACAUUUGUUGCUGUUUAUAUCUGGCUCAAAAGGACACUCAAAGCAUAGCAGAUGGUCAGCAAUAUCCAAGUUGGUGCAUCCAAAAAGAGUAGUUUGUGACUCUCAAGAAUCAAACUCAAAUGAAUUUCAAAAGGUGGAUGCAGCUCUGCAGUCUCUCAUCCGUCACAAGCCUUCAUCUCUUGAGAAUUUUCAUAGUCACGUGGAAAAUUUGGAGCUGUGCAUUCAAGAUCUAGAAAUAGGACUUGAUCACCUCUCAAGAAAAUUAAUUAGAAACAGAGUUUCCCUUCUUAACAUCUUCAACCACUAAUCAUAGUAUCUAUAUGAUUUUGGUGCACUCAAUUUUCCCCCUUGAGUGUCACGCAACUGUACAUGGAUGUGAUUAAAUCUGUUUAUAUUUUACUGAAUACAUAUUAUUUAAGGAUCAAACUAUUGUUGCUUUA